UUGCGAUCAAAUCAUUUGAGUUACGGAUUCUAACGGAUACUAAGUUCCUCUGGCCAAAAAAUGAUUUCCACGCUCUUCGUUUUAAGCAUACUGCAUGCUCAUGCUGUUCCUCAAGAUGCAACAAAUCAUCAGAAUCAUUAUAAUCCACCACCGGACGUACCACAAACUUUAUACUCUCCUUCAGCAGCACCAGCUGACUCAUAUGGAUAUCCACCCAACUCCUACCCAAGGAAUACACUGAGAACUUCCCCGUUCUACCCAGGCUUCAAAUAUCCCAACUACCCCGUUCAACCUGUCCCAGUUCAAUUACCUAAAACACAAAGUGUUCCAAUAGCAAGCCCACUGCCACCCUUACCUCAGCCCAUUGUACCAAACGUUCUACCAAUAAAAACAGCUCAGGCAACAACCUACACUAGCAAUGCGUCUGAAAAUGCUUAUGCCACAAGCGUUUCCAGAAGGCGUAGAGCGCCUAAAAGUGGAUCUUUCCGUUAUAGGUACAACUACGGAUCUGGAUCUGGCUCCGCUUCAGCUAGUGGGAACAUGUUAGAAAGUAGCUCUGGCUCUGGUUCAGGUUCACGCUCAGACUCACGAUCAUGCUUAGGUGUAGGAUCAUGCUCAGGCAUAGGCUCAGGCACAGGUGCAGGAUCAUGCUCAGGCCCAGGAUCAUGCUCAGGUGCAGGAUCAGGUGCAGGCUCAGGAUCAUGCGCAGGCACAGGAUCAUGCUCAGGCGUAAGCUCAGGCCUAGGCCCAAGAUCAUGCUCAGGCCCAGGAUCAUGCUCAGGCGCAGGAUCCGGCUCAGGCCUAGGAUCAUGCUCAGGCACAGGAUCUUGCUCAGGCAUAAACUCAGGGCCAGGCCCAGGAUCAUGCUCAGACCAAGGAACAUGCUCAGGCUCAGGAUCAGGUUUAGGCUCAGAAUCAUGCUCCGGCUCAACAUCAUGCUCAGGCGUAAACUCAGGCAAAGGUUCAGAAUCAUGCAAAGGCCCUGGAUCAUGCUCAGGCUCAGGAUCAGGCUCAGGCUCAAAAGCAUGCUCAGGAUCAUCAUCAUGCUCAGGCGUAAACUCAGGCAAAGUCCCAGGAUCAUGCUCAGACCCAGGAUCAUGCUCAGCACCAGGCUAAGGCUCGUGCUUAGGAACCAGCACAAGGGGAACUAGCUUUGGCUAUGUUAGAUAGACUAUUUUUUACUUUAUCUCUCCAUAGAUCAGUAUAACGCUUUCAAAUUCAGUUAUCGAACCAGUCAUCACCGGAAUCGUACCUUACCCGCCAUCAAAGGGCAAACUAUGCUUAUUUUGCUUCAGUAACUACUUAGAGAUGCCAGCAGUCAUUCGCAAUUAAUUUAGAUUUUACUAAACCGAUAUUUAUAAGUAAGCUAGCAAUUAAAAAUCUAUGUAUGCUUUAUUCAUUUAUUAAUAUUUUUGGAUUGGACAAAAAAUAUUAAUAAAUGAAUAUAGCAAGUGUGUUGCACGAAAGAGAAAAAUACAAUGGACGUCAAAAUCAAAAAUCAUUUAUCGAAGCUAAAUUUUGGCAUCAUGGCGACGGUUCGGUGCCGUGAAAAAUGUAUCCAUAGGCCGUUUCUCCACUGCUCCGGUCCAGCAAACGUUAAUUUCCGAUCCGAUUUAGUAACUCACGACAGUACUUAUGUGCUUCUUCACUACUCCGGCAUCCGGUUUUUAACGAUCCGAUAACUUGCUAGAUCGGAACGCGGUGUUUUAUCGGUCCGAAAUGAUCGACAGUGAUGCCAACUUGUACAAAUUUAGGGGAGAACAAGAUGUCCAAGGAUUUUUUCAGGGGGUAUUUAUUUAGGGGAAUUAUGAUUCUAUACAAUUUAUGUUAAGCUUCAAACGCAAUCAACAAACUAAACCAAAUAAAAACUCCAAGCCUGGCUUCAGCUUAAAUAUCGAAAAACAAUAAUUUAAUCCGAACGAAUAAUGACUAAAUAAUGUAUGAAAAGAAAAUUCAACAAAAAACUAAAAAUUCUUACCAUGAAACGUUAAGAAAAACUGAAUUCGAAGAAAGAAAAUAAAAAAAUAAGAAUCGUUUCAUCUCAUUGUUAUUAUCAUUAAUAUUAUUCGGUCAUUGAUUUGUAUAUUUUAUAAAUAUGUAAAAUGUUCUCACAUAAAUACAACAGCUAUGUUUUACUA